AGUAACCCUGGCGCUCGGCACAGCCGAAUCUAUAAAAGGAACUAGUCGCGGCAAAAACCAGUAAUUCCGAGGGCGAGCGAGCGGGCCGCGACCGGCCAAGCCCACAUCUCUCUCCGCAGCGCAGGGCUGGGCAGGGGCGCCGCGGGACCCGCUCAGCCACAGCCGGUUUGGGGCGCUCCUCUGCUCCCUGUUUCCCCCACUUUUCCCUCCUCCCCCUUUCUGGAAGGGUUUGUGCAAGGUGGGAGAACACAGACACAAACACCAAAGUGGAAAACAGUUAAUGACCAGCCACAGCGUCACUGCUGUGUGCUCUGGCUGCUUCCUCCAGGGCUCUCGAGCCACACACACAGGUCGCUGUGGCUGCCAGCGGAGGUAACAUGGCUUGUUGGCCUCAGUUAAGGUUGCUGCUGUGGAAGAACCUGACGUUCCGAAGACGACAAACAUGUCAGCUGUUACUGGAAGUGGCCUGGCCUCUCUUUAUCUUCCUGAUCCUGAUCUCCGUCCGCCUGAGCUACCCGCCCUAUGAACAACAUGAGUGCCACUUUCCAAAUAAAGCCAUGCCUUCUGCAGGAACCCUUCCGUGGGUACAGGGGAUUAUCUGUAAUGCCAACAACCCUUGCUUCCGUUACCCGACUCCCGGUGAGGCUCCCGGUGUUGUUGGAAACUUUAACAAGUCCAUUGUGUCUCGCCUGUUCUCAGAUGCUCGGAGGCUUCUUCUAUACAGCCAAAAGGACACCAGCAUUAAGGACAUCCACAAGGUCCUAAGAACGUUACGACAGAUCAAGCAUUCCAACUCAAACUUGAAGCUCCAGGAUUUCCUGGUGGACAAUGAAACCUUCUCUGGAUUCCUUCAUCACAACCUAUCCCUCCCAAGGCCCACUGUGGAGAGCCUGCUGCAGGCUGAUGUCAGUCUCCAGAAGGUAUUUUUGCAAGGCUACCAGUUACAUUUGGCCAGCCUGUGUAAUGGAUCAAAAUUAGAAGACAUCGUUCGGCUUGGUGAGCCAGCAGUUUCUGCCCUUUGUGGUUUACCGAGGGAGAAGCUGGAUGCAGCAGAAAGAAUGCUGCGUUACAACAUGGACAUCCUGAAGCCGGUCGUGACAAGUCUAAACUCCACAUCUCUCCCGACCCACCACCUGGCUGAAGCCACCAAAACAUUGCUGGACAGCCUAGCGGGGUUGGCCCAAGAGCUGUUCAGCACAAAGAGCUGGAGUGACAUGCGACAGGAGGUGAUGUUUCUGACCAACGUGAACGGCUCCGGCUCCUCCACCCAGAUCUACCAGGCUGUGUCCCGCAUCGUCUGUGGUCACCCAGAGGGCGGGGGGCUGAAGAUCAAGUCACUCAACUGGUACGAGGAUAACAACUACAAAGCCCUCUUUGGAGGCAACAGCACUGAGGAGGACAUGGACACCUUCUAUGACAACUCCACAACUCCUUAUUGCAAUGAUUUGAUGAAGAACUUGGAGUCCAGUCCUCUUUCUCGAAUUAUUUGGAAGGCACUCAAGCCACUGCUUGUUGGAAAGAUUCUGUAUACACCUGACACUCCAGCUACGAGGCAGGUCAUGGCUGAGGUGAACAAGACCUUCCAGGAGCUGGCUGUGUUCCAUGACCUGGAGGGUAUGUGGGAAGAACUCAGCCCCCAAAUCUGGACCUUUAUGGAGAGCAGCCAAGAGAUGGACCUUGUUCGGACGCUGUUAGACAGCAGAGGCAAUGACCAGUUUUGGGAACAGAAGUUGGAUGGAUUAGAUUGGACCGCCCAAGACAUCAUGGCAUUUCUGGCCAAGAACCCAGAGAAUGUUCAGUCCCCAAAUGGCUCUGUGUAUACGUGGAGAGAAGCUUUCAAUGAAACCAGCCAGGCAAUCCGGACGAUAUCUCGCUUCAUGGAGUGUGUCAACCUGAACAAGUUGGAGCCCGUUCCAACAGAAGUCCGCCUCAUCAACAAGUCCAUGGAGCUGCUGGAUGAGAGGAAGUUCUGGGCUGGUAUCGUGUUCACAGGAAUCACUCCUGGCAGUGUGGAGCUGCCCCAUCACGUUAAGUACAAGAUCCGAAUGGACAUUGACAACGUGGAGAGGACCAAUAAGAUCAAGGAUGGGUACUGGGACCCCGGUCCCCGGGCUGACCCCUUUGAGGAUAUGCGCUACGUCUGGGGGGGCUUCGCCUACUUGCAGGAUGUGGUGGAGCAGGCGAUCAUCAGAGUGCUGACGGGAACCGAGAAGAAAACGGGCGUCUAUGUGCAACAGAUGCCCUACCCCUGUUAUGUCGAUGACAUUUUCCUGAGGGUGAUGAGCCGGUCCAUGCCUCUCUUCAUGACCUUGGCCUGGAUUUACUCUGUGGCUGUGAUCAUCAAGGGCAUUGUGUAUGAGAAGGAGGCGCGGUUGAAGGAGACCAUGCGGAUCAUGGGUCUGGACAAUGGCAUUCUCUGGUUUAGCUGGUUCAUCAGCAGCCUCAUCCCUCUGCUCGUGAGUGCUGGCCUGCUGGUUGUCAUCUUGAAGCUAGGAAACCUGCUGCCCUACAGUGACCCCAGCGUGGUGUUUGUCUUCCUGUCUGUGUUUGCCGUGGUGACCAUCCUACAGUGCUUCCUCAUUAGCACGCUCUUCUCCCGGGCCAACCUGGCCGCAGCCUGUGGAGGCAUCAUCUACUUCACGCUGUACCUGCCCUACGUCCUGUGCGUAGCCUGGCAGGACUAUGUGGGCUUCUCCAUUAAGAUCUUUGCUAGCCUUCUGUCUCCCGUGGCUUUUGGAUUUGGCUGUGAAUACUUUGCCCUUUUUGAGGAGCAAGGCAUCGGGGUACAGUGGGACAAUCUCUUUGAGAGCCCGGUGGAGGAAGACGGCUUUAAUCUCACCACCGCAGUGUCCAUGAUGCUGUUUGACACUUUCCUCUAUGGAGUGAUGACAUGGUACAUCGAAGCCGUCUUUCCAGGACAGUAUGGGAUUCCCAGGCCCUGGUAUUUUCCUUGUACCAAGUCCUACUGGUUUGGUGAGGAAAGUGAUGAGAAGAGCCACCUUGGUUCCAGCCAGAAAGGAGUAUCAGAAAUCUGCAUGGAAGAAGAACCCACUCAUCUGAGGCUGGGUGUGUCCAUUCAGAACCUGGUGAAGGUUUACCGAGAUGGCAUGAAGGUGGCUGUGGAUGGCUUGGCGCUAAAUUUUUAUGAGGGCCAGAUCACCUCCUUCCUGGGUCACAAUGGAGCAGGGAAAACCACCACCAUGUCAAUACUCACUGGGUUGUUCCCCCCAACAUCCGGCACUGCCUACAUCCUGGGGAAGGACAUUCGCUCUGAGAUGAGUUCCAUCCGGCAGAACCUGGGAGUCUGUCCUCAGCAUAAUGUGUUGUUUGACAUGCUGACAGUCGAAGAACACAUUUGGUUCUACGCCCGCCUGAAGGGGCUCUCAGAGAAGCACGUGAAAGCGGAGAUGGAGCAGAUGGCCCUGGAUGUUGGCCUACCCCCCAGCAAACUGAAAAGCAAAACAAGCCAGCUCUCGGGUGGGAUGCAGAGGAAGCUGUCUGUGGCCUUGGCUUUUGUGGGUGGAUCCAAGGUUGUCAUUCUGGAUGAGCCCACAGCAGGUGUGGACCCUUACUCUCGCAGGGGAAUAUGGGAGCUCCUGCUGAAAUAUCGACAAGGCCGCACCAUUAUUCUGUCUACACACCACAUGGAUGAAGCAGACAUCCUGGGGGACCGAAUUGCCAUCAUUUCCCAUGGGAAGCUGUGCUGUGUGGGCUCCUCCCUGUUUCUGAAAAACCAGCUGGGAACCGGUUACUACCUGACCUUGGUCAAGAAAGAUGUGGAAUCGUCCCUCAGUUCCUGCAGAAACAGCAGCAGCACUGUGUCAUGUCUGAAGAAGGAGGACAGUGUUUCUCAGAGCAGUUCUGAUGCUGGCCUGGGCAGCGACCAUGAAAGUGACACGCUGACCAUCGAUGUCUCUGCCAUCUCCAACCUCAUCAGGAAGCAUGUAUCUGAAGCCCGGCUGGUGGAAGACAUUGGCCAUGAACUGACUUACGUGCUGCCGUAUGAAGCUGCUAAGGAGGGAGCUUUCGUGGAACUCUUCCACGAGAUUGAUGAUCGGCUCUCAGACUUGGGCAUCUCCAGUUAUGGCAUCUCAGAGACCACCCUCGAAGAAAUAUUCCUCAAAGUGGCUGAAGAGAGUGGGGUGGAUGCGGAGACCUCAGAUGGCACUUUGCCAGCGAGACGAAACAGACGGGCCUUCGGGGACAAGCAGAGCUGUCUGCGCCCGUUUACUGAAGACGAUGCUAUUGAUCCAAAUGACUCUGACAUAGACCCAGAAUCCAGGGAGACAGACCUGCUCAGUGGGAUGGAUGGCAAAGGCUCCUACCAGCUGAAAGGCUGGAAACUCACACAACAACAGUUUGUGGCCCUUUUGUGGAAAAGGCUGCUGAUAGCCAGACGGAGCAGGAAGGGGUUCUUUGCUCAGAUUGUCCUGCCAGCUGUCUUUGUUUGCAUUGCCCUGGUGUUCAGCCUGAUCGUGCCACCCUUUGGCAAGUACCCCAGCCUGGAACUACAGCCCUGGAUGUAUAAUGAGCAGUAUACAUUUGUCAGUAAUGAUGCUCCAGAGGACACAGGCACCCAGGAACUCCUGAAUGCUCUAACCAAAGACCCAGGCUUUGGGACCCGAUGUAUGGAAGGAAACCCAAUCCCAGAUACCCCUUGCUUGGUGGGGGAGGAGGACUGGACCACUGCCCCAGUUCCCCAGACCAUCGUGGACCUCUUUCAAAAUGGGAACUGGACGAUGAAGAACCCCUCACCUGCCUGCCAGUGCAGCAGUGACAAAAUCAAGAAGAUGCUCCCUGUGUGUCCCCCGGGGGCCGGGGGGCUGCCGCCUCCUCAGAGAAAACAGAACACAGCAGACAUCCUUCAGAACCUGACGGGAAGAAACAUUUCCGAUUACCUGGUGAAGACGUAUGUGCAGAUCAUAGCGAAAAGCUUAAAGAACAAGAUCUGGGUGAAUGAGUUCCGAUAUGGUGGAUUUUCCCUGGGCGUCAGUAAUUCUCAAGCACUUCCUCCGAGUCAAGAAGUAAAUGAUGCUAUCAAACAAGUGAAGAAACUCUUGAAGCUGACCAAGGACAGUUCUGCAGAUCGGUUUCUCAGCAGUUUGGGAAGGUUCAUGACAGGACUGGAUACCAAAAACAAUGUCAAGGUGUGGUUCAAUAACAAGGGCUGGCACGCUAUCAGCUCUUUCCUGAAUGUCAUCAACAACGCCAUUCUCCGGGCCAACCUACAGAAGGGAGAGAAUCCAAGCCAGUAUGGGAUUACUGCUUUCAACCAUCCCCUGAAUCUCACCAAGCAGCAGCUCUCAGAGGUGGCCCUGAUGACCACAUCUGUCGACGUCCUUGUGUCUAUUUGUGUCAUCUUUGCGAUGUCCUUUGUCCCAGCCAGCUUUGUUGUGUUCCUGAUCCAGGAGCGGGUCAGCAAAGCGAAGCACCUGCAGUUCAUCAGCGGGGUGAAGCCUGUCAUCUACUGGCUCUCCAAUUUUGUGUGGGAUAUGUGCAAUUAUGUGGUUCCUGCUACACUGGUCAUUAUCAUCUUCAUCUGCUUCCAGCAGAAGUCCUAUGUGUCCUCCACCAACCUGCCUGUCCUAGCCCUUUUGCUUUUGCUGUAUGGGUGGUCGAUCACACCUCUCAUGUACCCAGCCUCCUUCGUGUUCAAGAUCCCCAGCACUGCCUACGUGGUCCUCACCAGUGUGAACCUCUUCAUCGGCAUCAAUGGCAGUGUGGCCACUUUCGUACUGGAGCUCUUUACCAACAAUGUGAGUGCCGCAGACAGAGCACUUCCAGCUGGCUUGCACUCCGGGUGCCAGAGGAUGGUGGUUAACCUUGACCUUAUUCCACUUGUCUGUAACACUGACACCACUGACCACUCUGCUUUUGCAGCGUCUGCCUUCUCUAGUUUAUAUAAAUCUAUUUCUGUCCUGCUAAGCCUUGUAUUUCUCUGGUGUGGUGAGUCAGUUCUCGGUGACGCUUCUGUGGUGCAGGGGGAGCCAAGCCCUGGUCCUCGGGAACACUGCGGAGAGGACCUCAUUGCACUCACGAGCGAGACCACAGUGGCUUGA